UGAUCAUCUAAAACGAAAAUUGCAACUGUUGCAUCAAAGAAUAUACUUAUUAAUUUAUUUCGGAGAAGAUCACGAUGGAAGUUCGAAUUACUUCAAGGGAAACUGUUCAACCAUCUUCGCAGGAAGUUCAUCUUCUCAAGCCAUUCAAGCUCUCAUUUUUGGACCAACUCAUUCCAGCAUUCUAUGUUCCACUCAUCUUCUUCUACACCCAAUCCAGUAAUUCCCAUUUCGACAGCGCCCAAAUCUUAGCCCGAUUGAAAGAAUCACUCUCAAAAACCUUGAACCAAUUUUACCCUUUAUCUGGCCGGACAAUAGAUAACUUUUGUAUUGAUUAUUAUAGGGAGGGAGUGCCAUACAUCGAAGCUCGAGUUAAUGGCUACUUAUCUGAUUACCUUCAAUCCAAAGAAUUAGAAAAAUUGAACCACUUGAUUCCCUGCGAACCCUUUUGCUACUUUUCAGACCCAGCAGUAAUUCCCCAACUAGCCGUUCAAGUGAACAUCUUCGAUUGUGGGGGAAUAGCACUAGCUAUGUGUUGUUCUCACAAGAUCAUUGAUGCAUCUACUGUAUCUGCUUUUCUUAGAAGUUGGGCAGCUUUUUCUCGAGGUUCUAACGGUGAAAUACCCCAUCCUGAUUUGUUAGAGGCAUCUUCACGACUUUUUCCUCCUAUGGAUUCGAUGCCACCAAAUUUUUUAUCUUCCACAAGAACCCUUUGGUUCAAAGAAGAAAGGUACAAGACAAGGAGAUUUGUGUUCGAUGCCAAUGCAAUAGCCACUCUAAUGUUUAAAGCGAAAAGCAAAAGUCUGGAGAAUCCUUCUCGAGUGGAAGCACUGACAGCAUUCAUAUGGAAAUAUGCCAUGUUGGCUUGUGCAUCAGCAUCAGGAAUUCUAAAGCCUUCUGUCUUAUGCCAAGCAGUGAACUUACGACGUAAAAUGAAGCCACGGUUACCGGAUUAUUCAAUCGGCAACCUGAUUUGGUUCGCAGCUUUCGCAUAUAACCCCGCUGACAAAGACAUAGAGUUACAUCACUUGGCCUAUCUAUUGAGAGAAGCAGUGGAGAAUUACAACACUGAUUACUUGCAAUCUCUGCAAGGUGAUGAAGGUUUUAAGGUUAUAAGUGAGAAAGCAAAUCAGGUAGCAGAAUUUGCCACAAAAGGAAACGCACAAGUCUAUGGUUUCUCUAGUUGGUUGAAUUUUGGGAUGCAUCAAGUUGAUUUUGGAUGGGGAAAGCCAAGUUGGAUUGGUAUCCCAGGGGUAGUAUCUCCUGCUUUUACUAAUCUUACUUUUCUCAAAGAGAUUGGACAGGAGAAGGCAGUAGAAGCAUGGGUUACUUUAGAUGAAAAAAAAAUGACUAUAUUCGAACAUGACCACGAGUUCCUUGCAUUUGCCUCUCCUAAUCCUCACUAUGACAAGGUCAAGAUUUAACAACAUCCAAAAAGACAUUCUUAAACAGUGAAACCAUUCAUGUUGUUAAGACUACGUUAGUUUCUUUCAUAUGAAUGGUUUGAGUUGGGUCUAAAGCGCCAGAUAUCUGGCAAUGAAUUGAAUCUUGUAUGAGAUAGAGAGCUGCAGUUCUGUUAUAAUUAUGUUGCUGAAUUGAGUGUGUUUGGUGGUCAUGUGUGGUGCAUAAACACAUAAAAUGGCCAGAACACAUACGUUAAUAAGUAUGUAUAAUGAAGUGUUUUUAUAUGAUGAUUCAAUGAAUUCGAAUAAAACAUAUGUUAAGCUUUGGUGUG